GGCAAGGAAAAUAUUCACUAAUUGCAAUAAGGCUGAUUUGGAUUGUUCAAAUAUUUAAGUGCAAUAAAGAUGGAUUCACCCUUACCUAUACCAAUACUAACUAGUGAUGAAGUGUACGUCAUUUCUGAUUCCGAUGAUUCAAGAGAUGAUGAGCUUACACAACUGGAGGAUGACAAGGAUAAAACAAAAAGCAAGGAACGGCAAAAGACUGAGAAUGAAUCUAGCCAGAUAAAAAUGAACAAAUGGUAUUUGAAAGAAUUUGAAGACGAAAUGGGAAUCGAAAUUGCAAGCUCCGAUUAUGAACACGAAAUUGAUGAUCAUAAUAACUUUAAAUGGAGCAGCUCAGAAUCCAACAAAGUUAGUGAUUCGGAUGAUUACUACUCAGAUGACUCGCCCACCGACUGGAUUAACAAUAUAAAGAAUGUAAAUCUAUGUCCAUUCAAUAAAAGUGUUGAAGAUGACAAACCAAUGGCCUGUGAAGAACUCCCCUCAAUGCCAGUUUUUACUGGUCCGAUGCCAUCGAUGCCGAUUUAUGACGAAGAAACCUGUCAAUUUCAAAUGGUGCCACCCAUCAUACAACCGGACUUAAUUAUGAAAGGAACUGAUGCAGAAAUGCCAAAUGAGUUGGAUAAAUCGGAUUCUGAGUUGGAAAAAGCAAAGUUGAACGUCGAUGAGGAUGAAAACUUUUCGGACAGUAACACCAGUUCCAGUUUUAGUUUGUGCAGUUUAUAUGAUGUUGAUUAUGGUGAAAGUGAUCUUGAUGAACUCCAUAACGAGAAUAAAUGUACUUACUGGGAGGAUAUGUCAUUACGUCCCGUUGACAAGGGCGAAGUUCCUCAAGAAGAACUAAUGGCUAUAUUGAAGGAAGGCGAGAGUCUGACAAAUUCGAUGAAUUCCCCAAAUCAUCAAAGUGAUUGUGAUAUCGACGAAGCCACUAGGACUCGUGAUGGCUCUGAUUUUUACGAAGAUAGUGCUCAGUUUCCGGAAAACAUGGAAAAUGUUAGCUUGUUUGUUAUCAAAGAGGAUUCGGUUUUUGCGGAUUAUGAAUUCGUUGUAAAGAAACUUGUUAAGCUGAUCCAAUCGGCACCAAGUCACCACAAAUACGAGAUAUAUAUCCUGUUAUAUCCCUUGUUGGUCCUAACUUAUCUCCAAAUGAUGGUCAGUGAUAAGACACAGAGAGCAAGGAUGCUUCUGGUUCGCUUUCAAGACCAUCUCGAUGAUUCAUAUAUAUCCAGAAUUAUGAAGCUAAGAGAAAUUUCCAAGCCAGCAGAAGUUCCGAAUAAAGCACGGAAAUUAUUGGCUGGCCAAGAAAAGGUAAAGAUUGAAAUGUCUGAGGGAGCUUUUCGACAGUUACUUCUUUGCACAGAGGAAUGGACUAGAGGUCAGCAAGAAAAAUUGUUGAGCCAUUUUCAAAUACAGUCUUAUAGUGAAGAUGACAAGCCCCAGCAACGAUUUGCCAUAGGACAGCCUCUUUUGGAUCCGAUAUGUUAUGGUGCUCCAGAACCCUUGUAUAAAAAAGACUAUGCCGCUCGUCCUUUUUUUCAAAAGCGCCGCAAGAAGAGGAGCGAACCACAGUUAUUAGAUGAUCUACAUUUGCCACCGGUAAAUAGGGUUUAUAAUCCGAAUCCCAACAAAAUGGAUUUGCUUCACAUGAAGAAUGAUGAACAGUAUCGAAUGAAACUCGAUCGGGACAACCUGCCAUCGACUUACUUGUACACAACAUCUCCUUCCGAUGAGGUCGUUAUUUGUGCCACCUUCUCGGAAGGCAUUAGCAUGUUGGCACUAGGAACUGUAUCCUCUAAGGUAUAUGUUUUCUCUUUGAAACCCUCUAAAUUGGUUCAAAUGAAAGAAGCACAGUGCCUAAAAGUUCUGGACACCGGAAUGGCUGGGGUUGAUAAGAGUAUGAUAGAUCCUGAUAAGAAGUUCACCAGACGCACUCUUUACGGACAUCAAGGACCUGUCUAUGGUUGUUCCUUUAAUCCAGAGGAUCGCUUUCUGAUCACAUGUUCCGAGGAUUUCAGCGUUCGCUUGUGGUGCCUUCUGUCCUGGAGUUGUGUGGUUAUUUUUCCCGGCCAUUUGGCACCGGUUUGCUUUGUUGUUUUUGCACCAAGGGGGUAUUAUUUCGCCACCGCAUCGGAUGAUUGUACGGCGAGAGUUUGGAUGCAGGAUAAUAGGAAGCCCGCCCGAAUUCUUCAAGGACAUCUGGCCGAGCUCGGGGUGUGCCUAUUUCAUCCAAAUCGUCACUAUAUGGCCACUGGAUCUGCUGAUUGCACUGUUCGGAUCUGGGAUAUUAUCAAGGCUGUCCAAGUGCGCCUUUUUCGUGGUCAUAAAGGCAGGAUAACCGCCUUGACCUACUCAAUUUGCGGUCGUUAUUUGGUUUCUGGGGGCGAUGACAACCUCAUUAUGAUUUGGGACACAGCCAAUGAGAUUUUGAUGCAGUUCUUUGAUCAUCAUAAGGCCACGAUCAACACCAUGGAAAUCUCUUUGGAUAAUAACCUAUUGGUUGUGGGUGGACAGGAUUGCCAGCUGACCUUGUGGGACUUUGAGCAGGUGAUUAAGAAUUACUUGAACAGGGCCAAGUCAAGAGUGAAAAACCAGGCGGGAACUCAAGAAUCAAGUGCCAAUCAUUUGCUGGUUAGCUCAUUUUACACCAAGGGAGCACCAUUUUAUAUGAUCCGCUUUACCCGUCGCAAUCUCUUACUUGGUUUCUGUGUGACUCCUCGAAAAUUUGAAAAUGAUGACCCUGACGUAAAGCUUAAUCAGCACAAGGAGGAGAAGAAAAGGGAACUCGGAGAAUGGCUGGAUUUUCUAGACACCAUCAAAUUGAAAGCUUGCUUAGAUCUGAAGGACGAAAUUAAUUUGGAUACUUCGCAGGUAGAGGAGGAGAACAAAACUUAA